CCCACCAAAUCCCUGCUGCGGCUCCUUGCCGAGCUCAGCCUCUCUCCCUGCCGAGGGAAGGCCGAAAGCUGGUCUGAGCCUGGAGCCCAGCUCUCCAGAACACCUCUUAAGGAGCAGCUGAGAAACCGAUUUAAGAAGAAGAUACCACCAGGGGCUGAAGCAGCCCACGUUGCCGUCGGUGAAGUUGAAUUCCUGGAGAAGCCCUUCACUGCCUUCAUCCGCCUCAGGCAAGGGGUGCCCCUCGGCUCGCUGGCUGAAGUUGCUCUCCCCAGCAGGUUCCUCUUCAUUCUGCUGGGUCCCCGAGCCAAAGUAAAAACCUACCAUGAGGUUGGCAGGGCCAUGGCCACGCUGAUGAUGGAUGAGCUCUUCCAAAGGGUUGCCCGGCAGGCUGAGCACCGAGAGGACCUCAUCACAGGGAUGGAGUCAUUCCUUGAUGAGCUGACUGUGCUUCCUCCUGGGAAAUGGGACCCCAGUGCCCGAAUUCCUCCGCCGAGCUGUCCGCCGUCUUCACACAGGAGGACCGCCGCGCACCCACCGGAUCGGCAGUCCCACAGCAAUGGUGACGUGGCAGCAGCUGGGGACAGACCUGGCCUGGGGCACUCGCGCUCCAGUGAGGAGCUGGAGAGGACGGGCAGGCUUUUUGGAGGGCUGGUGCGAGACAUUCGGAGGAAGGCGCCAUGGUACGGCAGCGACUUCUCUGACGCCCUGCACCCCCAGUGCCUCUCGGCAGUGCUCUACAUCUACCUGGCAACGGUCACCAACGCCAUUACCUUUGGCGGCAUGCUGGGAGACGCCACCGCCAACAUGCAGGGGGUGCUGGAGAGCUUCCUGGGCACAGCCUUCGCUGGUUCCAUCUUCUGUCUCUUUUCUGGCCAGCCGCUGACCAUCCUGGGCAGCACCGGUCCAGUGCUGGUCUUUGAGCGCCUCCUCUUCUCCUUCACCCAGGACCACAGUCUGGACUACCUGGAGUUUCGCCUCUGGAUUGGGCUCUGGGUGGCCUUUUUUGGUAUGGUCUUGGUGGCCACAGAGGCCAGCCACCUGGUGCGGUACUUCACCCGCUUCACUGAGGAAGGCUUCUGCGCCCUCAUCAGCUUGAUAUUCAUCUAUGACUCCCUGAAAAAGAUGCUGAGCCUGGCGGACACCUUCCCCAUCAACUGGCAAUACCGGCUAGACAACAUCACCUCCUACAGCUGCGUCUGCAACUUGUCCAGCCCUGGUCACAGCUCUGCAGGGAAUGACACGCCACUCCCCUCGCCCCUGGCCCCCCCGCAG